UGUCCUCAUGUUCUAUUGCUGGUUGCCUGGGAGAAGAGACCAACCCCACCUGGCUACAACCUCCCUUCAGGUAGCUGUAGACAUGUCCACAUGCUGGAGAUGGCUCAGUGUGGAGGGUCUCCUGGUUCGGCACCAGGUGCACAUAAUCCAAGGGAGAAGCUCUGAGGUAGCAGGGGAGGGAAAUGCAGUGACAUGAACCACUGCUACUGACAAGAUCUUCAUCCGUGGGACAUGUGAGGGGAAGCUGUCACUGAUGUGAUGAGAUUGUGAGGGGUCAGUCCUGACCACAGGACUUUGGGCAAAUAUCUGUUCCUGAGGCAAGAAGGAGGCUGAUGCAGAACAGGGUGGGUUCAGCAGCCAUCACCACCUGCUCUCUCUGGACAAGCCUGGAAGUCCCCCAGAGGCCCUGUGUUCUGGAGCUCCUGCAGCAGCACUGUUCCCAGAAGCAGCAGGAGGAGGUGUUGGGAGAGGGAGAAGGCAGCCACGUGGGGCAGGGUCAUUCACCAUGGAGGAAAGCAUCACAGCAGACCCCUCUCUGAGCAACUUGACUUCUGAAUAUGUGUACUAUGGGGAAGAUACUGAGUACAACUGCUCGAGGGUACCUAAGGGUUUGAUGGUGCUUGCUGGGGUCUGCAUGGGGAUUUCUGCCUGUGGCCUCGGAGGGAACAGCUUAGUCCUGUGGUUCCUGGGCUUCCACAUGAAGCUGAACCACUUCACUACCUACAUCCUACAUCUGGCUAUUGCUGACUUCUCCCUGAUCCUCCUGUUUCUCCUGCUCACUUUGGCCAUCUUGAGCUUCGCUGUGCUCUGUAUGUAUAAUUUUUUUCCUUUCUACGAAGAUUUUGUAUCUGUAGUUGAAUUUCUGUGCCACUUCUUUGACCUCAGCAACCUGGGGCUCCUGACAGCUGUCAGUGUGGAGAAAGGUCUCUCUGUUUUGUUUCCUACCUGGUACCGGUGCCACCGCCCAAAGAACUGCUCAAGCAUCGUGUGUGGGCUGCUCUGGGCUCUCGCUGAUUUUGUUUCCUCCAUGUGGCUCAGCACUACCUUUGCUGGAAGCCAUGAGAUGACAUUUGAUGGUGUAGGCACUGCAAUUUCCAUCGUUUCAUUAUCAGUGAUGCUGGUUUCUGACCUGGUCUUGUUCAUCAAGUUCCGACGCGGCUCACGGAGAAGAAACCCAGGGAAGCUUUCUGUCACUGUCCUGCUCAAUGUGAUCUUCUUCUUGUUUACCCUCCUUGUUUCUUUCGGUGUGGAGCUUUUUCACAGUGUUCCCAUUUCACAUGAGUCAUUUCCAGACAUCACAUACUCUCUGGUGGCUGUGCUGAGCUCCAGCAUCUAUCCAGUGCUUUACUACCUGCUGGGCAGCUGCCGGCAGCGCCGCUUCCGAUGCUCCCUCAAAGUCGCCUUCCAAAGAGCCUUCGAAGAGGAAGCCACAAGUGAGGAGAGGAGCCAGGGGCCUGGGGAUGACAUGGUGGAGAGCAGUGUGUGAGACCUGCCUGGUGAGGAGGCUUGGAGAUGUGGAGCCUGGCAGACAGGCUGUGCCCCACGCUGUGUUCCCCACUGCAGUGCCCAUCCCUGCCGUGGCCCCAGCCAAUAAACUGUCUCCUGUGGCUCAGCA